UCAGGCCGCCCCCUCCCUCGCCUCUUCCUGCCGUGCGGUCCUCUCCCCUCCCCAGCCCGCUCCCUCCGCCCCGUUCCCUCCGCCCUCCCUGGGCUUCGGCGGCGGCGGAGUGAACGGGACGGGCCCGACCGCAGAGCUCUGGGCGGCGGGUGGGACUCGGGCGUCUGACAGAGUUGUUGUUCCGGCGGCGGCGGCGGCGGAGACGUGAGGUGGAUGUGGGAAGAGAAGUUUGCAGAACUGAAAUGGAGGUCAGAGCUUCGUUACAGAAGGUUAGCGGGUCAUCUGAUUCUGUGGCCACACUGAACAGUGAAGAAUUUGUUUUGGUUCCUCAGCACGCAGAUGACACCUCUACAAAGGAUGAUGGGAAGCCACAGCUGAAGAUAGCUUCCAAUGGUGAUGAACAGUUGGAAAAAGCCAUGGAAGAGGUUUUGAGAGAUUCUGAGAAAGGACAAAGCAGACUACAUGUUGAUUGUUACGGAUCCAGUGAGGUUUCAGACUGUUCCUUUGGAGAUGUUUCAGCCAGCCAAACAAAUAAGCCACCUCUUCAGUUAAUUUUGGAUCCCUCUAAUACAGAAGUUUCCACACCCAGACCAUCUUAUCCAAGCAGAUUUCCUGAAGAAGACAGUGUUCUAUUUAACAAAUUGACAUACUUAGGAUGUAUGAAGGUCUCUUCCCCACGUAGUGAAGUAGAAGCUUUGCGGGCAAUGGCGACUGUGAGAGCUUCCAGUCAGCACCCCUUUGCUGUUACUCUGUAUGUGCCCAACGUUCCAGAUGGUUCUGUGAGAAUCAUAGACCAGUCAAGCAAUGUGGAAAUAGCAUCUUUUCCAAUUUAUAAAGUGCUGUUCUGUGCACGUGGACAUGAUGGGACAACAGAGAGUAAUUGCUUUGCAUUUACAGAGAGUUCUCAUGGUUCAGAAGAAUUUCAGAUACAUGUAUUCUCCUGUGAAAUUAAAGAGGCAGUAAGCAGAAUUUUAUAUAGUUUUGGUACUGCAUUCAAACGUUCUGCCAGGCAAGUGUCUGAUGUUAAAGAUUCAAUCGUCCCGACCCCAGACAAUGAUGUGUUUACCUUCAGUGUCUCCUUGGAGGUAAAAGAAGAUGAUGGAAAAGGAAACUUUAGUCCUGUGCCUAAGGAUAGAGAUAAAUUUUAUUUCAAAAUAAAGCAAGGAAUAGAGAAGAAGGUUGUGAUUACAGUUCAACAACUUUCUAACAAAGAACUAGCUAUUGAGAGAUGUUUUGGAAUGUUAUUAAGCCCAGGUCGAAACGUGAAGAACAGUGACAUGCAUUUACUGGAUAUGGAAUCCAUGGGAAAGAGUUAUGAUGGCAGAGCUUAUGUCAUCACGGGCAUGUGGAACCCCAACGCACCAAUAUUUUUGGCACUUAAUGAAGAAACCCCGAAAGAUAAGCGGGUGUACAUGACUGUGGCAGUGGAUAUGGUAGUCACAGAAGUGGUGGAGCCAGUCCGCUUUCUCCUGGAGACAGUAGUCCGUGUAUAUCCUGCAAAUGAAAGAUUUUGGUAUUUCAGCAGAAAAACUUUUACAGAGACUUUCUUCAUGAGGUUGAAGCAGUCUGAGGGAAAAGGCCAUAGCAAUGCUGGAGAUGCAAUAUAUGAAGUGGUGAGUCUGCAGAGAGAGUCUGACAAGGAGGAGCCAGUCACUCCUACUAGUGGAGGGGGGCCAAUGUCACCCCAGGAAGAGGAAGCAGAAGACGAGAGUGAUAACGAACUCUCAAGUGGAACAGGUGAUGUGUCAAAAGACUGUCCUGAGAAGAUCCUCUAUUCUUGGGGAGAAUUGUUAGGAAGAUGGCACAAUAACCUUGGUGGCCGACCAAAAGGGCUAUCCACUUUGGUGAAGAGUGGUGUUCCUGAGGCAUUAAGGGCAGAAGUAUGGCAACUAUUAGCAGGAUGCCAUGACAACCAGGCCAUGUUGGAUAAAUACCGAAUUCUCAUCACAAAGGACUCUGCACAGGAGAGUGUGAUUACUCGAGAUAUUCAUCGUACAUUUCCUGCACACGAUUACUUCAAGGACACUGGAGGAGAUGGUCAGGAAUCUCUCUACAAGAUCUGCAAGGCCUACUCUGUGUAUGAUGAAGACAUUGGGUACUGUCAAGGGCAGUCUUUUCUUGCUGCUGUAUUGCUGUUGCAUAUGCCAGAGGAGCAAGCAUUCUGUGUUUUGGUAAAAAUCAUGUAUAAAUAUGGAUUACGAGACCUGUACAAAAACAAUUUUGAAGAUCUUCAUUGCAAAUUCUAUCAACUUGAGAAACUAAUGCAGGAGCAGCUGCCGGAUCUGUACAACCAUUUUUGUGAGCUGAGCCUGGAAGCUCAUAUGUAUGCAUCCCAGUGGUUCCUCACUCUCUUUACUGCCAAGUUUCCUCUCUGCAUGGUGUUCCACAUCAUUGACCUUCUGCUGUGUGAGGGUUUGAACAUAAUCUUUCACGUAGCUUUGGCUCUCCUAAAGACCUCAAAGGAAGACCUCCUGCAGGCUGAUUUUGAAGGUGCUUUGAAGUUUUUCAGAGUUCAGCUUCCAAAGAGAUACCGGGCAGAAGAGAAUGCAAGAAGAUUGAUGGAGCAGGCUUGCAAUAUUAAAGUACCAACUAAAAAGCUGAAGAAAUAUGAAAAAGAGUAUCAGGCGAUGCGGGAGAAUCAGCUGCAGCAGGAGGACCCUAUGGAUAGAUACAAGAGGGAGAACCGAAGAUUACAGGAGGCCAGCAUGAGGUUGGAACAAGAGAAUGAUGACCUUGCCCAUGAACUAGUGACAAGCAAAAUUGCUCUGCGGAAUGACUUGGAUCAGGCAGAAGACAAGGCUGAUGUGCUAAACAAGGAACUCCUCCUGACCAAGCAGAGGUUGGUGGAGACUGAGGAAGAGAAGAGAAAGCAAGAGGAGGAGACCGCCCAGCUAAAAGAAGUCUUCAGGAAACAGCUAGAAAAGGCAGAAUAUGAGAUAAAGAAGACUACAGCUAUCAUUGCUGAAUAUAAACAGAUAUGUUCUCAGUUAAGUACCAGGCUGGAGAAACAGCAAGCAGCCAGCAAGGAGGAACUGGAAGCAGUAAAGGGUAAGAUGAUGGCAUGCAAACACUGCAGUGACAUUUUCAGCAAGGAAGGAGCUUUAAAACCAGUGGCCAUAAACAGAGAGGACCAAGGAAUAGAAGUGGAUGAUGAGAAGGACUCACUGAAGAAGCAGCUGAGGGAGAUGGAGCUGGAACUGGCACAAACUAAACUGCAGCUGGUAGAAGCCAAGUGCAAGAUUCAGGAACUUGAGCAUCAGAGAGGAGCACUUAUGAAUGAAAUACAAGCUGCAAAAAACUCUUGGUUUAGCAAAACCCUGAACUCAAUCAAAACAGCUGCAGGCACCCAGCCCCUGCAACCAGCACAGGCUCCUCAGCCGCCCAAGGAGAGCACAUAGCUCCAGCCUCAGCCAAGCACAAGAGCACAAUGAUCAAACAACGGAAACCAAGAGCCUUCCUGUUGUCCCUUUGAAAGAAAGCAAAGGAGACCAGAAAGCAAGUUAGAAUUGCUCAGUAGCUCUGUCUCUCAUGUGUAACAUGUUUCAAAGGGAUGCUAUUUAAACUGGCCUGAUUUAUGUUGAAUAUCUAUUUCCCAGCUUCUUCAUGGAAAACCACAUUCAGAUACAUCAUAUAGUAUUACACAUUGUUUUCUGUGCCUGAAAUUUAGUUGGAAAUGAGUAAUCUAGAACUGGAUGCUUUUGUUUAGAAUUAACUUCACAAUAAUUUUAUCUUACAUAAAAAUGGAGACAUGUUAAACCAAGGUGAAGAUGGUAAGGUCUUUGUCACAGAAUUCUCUUUUUAAUGGGAAACAGCCUUGUUAAUGUUCCAGGAUUGUUCAUAUAAAGCACACUGUGGGGGCCGCACAUGAUCACUAUGGUUUCACACUGCAAGUGAAUUCCAGCACCAGACAGCUACUUCUGUCCCAAGGAAAGAACAGGCCAGAGGUUGGCCUGAAAGUUUCCCUCCAAAUUAUUUUGAAUUGGCUACAUUUGGAAAUGGGGUGCCAAGAGCUGUGGAGUAGAUAGGCUCCUGCACUCUAGAUAAAUAGAGACUUUCAAUAAAUGUGCAAUAAAAUCAUUUGGCUCUGGUAUUCCAGCAGAUCCUUUCAGGGCUCCGCAUGGCGCUCAUUCUCCUGAUGUGCCUGAGUAUGAAUGCAGAGGUAGCUGUGGCAGAUGAAACUGCCAAAGCAGAUACUGUAAGUCGCAGGCUUAGGUAGCCUUCACUGGAGAAGUCUAAAAAGGCCCGUGUUCUGUCCUCUUGGAUGGAAGCAGAGAUGCGUCUUUGAUGAUGACAGACUUGUUAAAACAAACACCAAUGGUCUGUGCUUUAUUAUAGGAUGUGUUGUUGCCAAGGAAGUUGAGGAGAGCUUCCUAGUACCUUGGGGUUAGGCAACUUUCCUCUCUUUUCCCUAACCUCCAAAUAGUGUGUCCUGCACACCUGGGCUUAAAGAGAAACAAGGGCAUUUUUCACGUUUGAUUGGCUAAACCUUUAUAGAAAUACUUAACUCAUGGAAAAGGUAAGGUUGCUGUUAAAAAAAAUUGGUGCAAAUAUUUUUUCAAUUAUAUUUGACAUGCCUAUAUAAAUAACCCUUGCAAGAAAAUCUUUGGUAAGAACAAAAUGAAUUUUUCCAUUUUCUAAGCUACUAUGGAACUCUCUGGUCCCUUUACAGCAACGAAACUACUGUCAGUCAUGUACAAUAACAUUUAUUUAGAUUCAUCUUUGGCUUCAUUGUUAAACAUACUGUUUCCAAAGUGUGUUAAAGUGUGUGAUGCCACAGUGGGUCUCCUCUGUGCCAUAUGCCGUAACUGUAACAACAUACUAAUAUAGAGUCCUCUCAGCCCCUGCCUUCAGGUUGCUCGUGAUAGAUCCUUUCCUCUAAAAUCAUUUUUUGAAUUCUAGUAAGUAGAAUUUCUUUAAUCUCUACAUGUUUCUAUCAGCUACAUCCCAUAAUACUGAUAUGGUUGUUUGAUUUGUCAAACCUACACACAGUGCUUUCAAUAUAGAAAUUUCUCUUUUCCUUCUAAAAGCCUUCAUCUGUUGUCUUCAUCUUCAAAAAGAUUCAUUUCUUUUUACCAAAAGGGCAGUGACCCAGCACUCCGGAUGUCUCUGUUGACUUCAACAUUCCUUACAUAGUGGUUUAGAUAAGCUAUUUUUUUUCUAUAAAAUAUAAUGGCUAUCAUUUCUGUCAGUCAUUUUGUACGGCCUGUUAGCUUUAUUGGUACUGUGCAUUUUGAGUCCAGGCAGCCCAGAACACAGCACUUUUUCAAAUGGCCAGCUAUACACUAAGAUGCACUUUUGUGAACUUCUGAAUACCAUUCACAGUUUUUUUAACUUCUAAAAAUAAAUACAUUCCACAGAAUACUUAUGUUGCAUAAUUUUCAUAAGUGAUAAAUGAAGGAAACAGAAUGGCUCUAGAUAAAAUCGCUUUCUGUUCAGGUUCAUGGCCUCCUUCCCUUUUCUUUUUAAACAAAUCACCAGAAGCAUAUGCUUCAAGAGUUAAAUAUAUCUUUUGGGUUUGCAUCUAGCUCUUAAAAAGACACAGGGCAAUACAUAAUCUUUUUUGUUCCCCAGCCCCAUAUGAUACUUGAUAGACAUGUAUAUUGGUGUUGUGUAUAAACUGCCCUGCAUCACACUGACUUUGAGUUAGUAGCAGCAGUAAAGAAAAUCCAAAAAGUAUUAAGUGAUUUCUUGUUCACUAUUUUACCAUAACAAAGCCCCAAACCACGCAGUCCUCACUACUGCUUGAGAACUUCAGGAUGCCAACAAAGAGCAACUAUUCAUCUUAAUUUCACUUACUAUUUUUAUAUGUUUAAGAAUUGCUUUUUUUUUUUUCCUUGAGAUGGGUUUUACUAUGUAGUCUAGGCUAGCCUUCAACUUAGAAACUCCCUACCUCAGCCUUCCAACUGCUGAGAUUACAGGCAGGCACCAUAACAGCUAAAAUGAUUCUUUUGAAUUCCUUAUAGAAAAUAGAUAAACCAGCCAAAUAGCCAAGAUAUUUUCAAACAUGGUAGGAUAUUUUCAAACAUGGUAGUUUUUUUCAUCUUUCCUUAAGAUUUAUAUAUUAAACAAUCCUGAAAUGCUGAUAUUUACAGCUUCUGAGAAGUGAACAUUUCUCUUCUCAUUGAGUUCUGUAGAAUACAAUGAAGAUUCAACUCAUUGGCUCUUAGAACUUGAUAGUCUCACUUAGUAUACUCUUGAAUUCUGAAAGACGCCAAGCUGGAUUUUGUAGUGCAUAUGUUUGAUACACAUCCUGAGCCAAGUCAUAGUUUUGUUAUUUUAAGUACCAAACAUGUAAUUUAAUGCAAAGAAAUUCUUGGUUCACUCUACUCCAGUAUAUGAGCACCUACCAGAAACAAAUGGAAAAGCCACACAGGCCUACAUACAUCCUGUCUUCAUACAGUAUCUGUCUUCCCUCACCAGCUAUUAAUAAUUUCUUUGCUUUGGCUUUCUUGAAGUUACCUGCUAAAUUUAGUUGAAAAGACCCCUUUGUACUGAUGAUGAGAGUUUAGUAUUUGUUUUAAAAUGUUCACUUUUUCCACAGUGCAUAUUUAUUUUUUUCAAACCCCUAUUCCACUUCAACUAUUUCCCAGUUAGUAACUAGUGGAUUUCAUUUCUUAGUUAUAAUAAGAAAACUGAGACAAUAUACAGGUGAGAGGACACAGCAAAUAAAAAGUUAGUUAGAGCUUUAAAAUAGUCAGUUAGGUCAAGUAUCAGUGUUGUUCAUGGUGAUACACACCCAUAAUCCCAGCACUCAGGAGGCUGAGGGAUAGGCAUGCCUGUGCGGUCAAGGGCAGCUUGGGCUACCCAGUGAGUUCCAAGCUAGUCAGGGUUACAUAGCAAGGCUCUGUUUAAAAAAAAAAAAAAAAAAAAAAAAAAUGUGGCUAAUAUCAGGACUGAGCUUUCUGUGCUCUCACUGAAAUCACCUCUGCUAAUGAAUUUACCAACCCUGUGCAUCUGUAUUUUAGGACUUCUUUAAGUGGACAGAAAGAUCAUUUUUAUAAGGACCUAGUUUUAUCUUCUAAGAAAGACACUUAGAAAGAUGAUUGUAUUACAUAACUUAUUCUUUAUAAUACUCUACAAUAGAUUAUUCUCUUGCUUUAAUAUCUAGCAAAUGAGAUAAUGAACAAUUCUGUUGUAUGAUGUGAAUAGUUGGGGAUAUGUAUGCAGUGUGUGUGUUUGUAUGUGCAUGUGUGUGUGUGCAUGAGUGUGUGUGUGCGUGUGUAUGUGUGUUGUGGUGAAAUUUUAUAGAGUAUCUGAUUCUUUUGUUUACCUAGAUACCAUGCAACCAAAUACACAUUAGAUUUCAAGACAUAUAAUGAUCAAAACUGGAAGCCCAGACAGCAGCUCUGUGGCCUGUUUCCAAUGACCAUGCAGAAAACUCUGCCUAGUCUUUGUGCUGAGUGUCACAUUCAGCACAUUCUUCCUUUCUUGUGGUGGCUUAUAUGUAAUACACGAAAGGCACUUUACAUUAUCUAUUUCCUUAACUUUAAAACUCUGCAAACAUGAGGACUCCCAUACAGACUAUACCUCAACAGGUGAUGCUGAUCUUGAAUUAUAAGAAAAAAAAGUAGUUGCUUAUAGAAUUUUACUGAAUACAGCCAGCUGUCCUGUGUAUCAUUCUCAAUUUCCUCUUAAAAACAAACUACAUCUUGAGCUUACCUCCAAUAAAACAUGCUAUAAAACAGUCUCCAUCAAUAUGUCCCCCUCAUUCUGCCCUCAUCUCUAGCUUAUCAUUAACUGUAUUUGAAAAACAGUUUUAAAAAAAGAAUCAUUGAGAAGAAAAUGUUUAUUGGCAAUUAACAGAAGACUCCACUAAACUACAACUUUGAAUAACUGUAUUAUAUAUGGAAAAAAGAUCAAAGAAACUGAUUUGUGAGAAUAUAUAAAUACAUCAAAACACUAUUGUCCUGAAAGCACAAGAAAAUGUAGAGAUGAGCCUAGAAUCCAAGAAGUCCCAAUAGCCUCCUGCAUUGGUUUUAUGCUUCUUGGCAUUUUGCAUAAUGCAUGGAUUAUUUGUGCAAAUUAGGGGAAAGGUUUUUGUCAGCCAGCCCAUUUCUUUCUAACUCCUGCCUUUCCCGUACUGAGGAGGUAGUACAAAUCCUAUGCUGUCUAUUUUUGUGAACUCUGAUUUUCCCCAGCAUCUGCAAUGAAAACAGGUUAGAAUAAAGGAGUUGGUUAGUCUGGAAAGUGCUAAUUGACUACAAAACCAACACUGGCCAUCAGCCUAUUUCUCUAUAAAAACUCUAUAAACACAUUAGUUGUUUCCAUGAUGCCAUGUAUUAUGUAUAGUGCACUCUAUUAAUGUACAUGUGAUGCUUGUUAAGAAAGUGCAAUUUAUUGUACAUUGUUCCAACAAAUGUUUACUUUUAUAAUCGUUAUGAACUUGAAUUGGAUUGGUAUCUUGUUUAGAUGUGUGAAUGAAACCUUGUGAAUAAACAAAUGUGACCAAGAAGGUAACAAGGUGGCUGUUUUGUGAGCCAGUGCUGUUUUUCAAUGCUUUGUGUUGCCCCUUUGGUCCCAUUAAACAGUAAUAAACAUUUGUUUUAAAGUCGA